AGCCGGAGGAUGAAAAAACUGAUGAACCUAACUCAGAAUCGAAGCCGCCGCGCCAGCGGCGUGGUUUCAAACGUAUUUGACUGUAAUCUGCCGUUACUCAGACGGGAAUUACGACGAGCAUUAGAUCUAGCAAGGCAUGAAAUUCCUUUGCACAUUUAUCGCAUGAGGUCCCUCGGUUAUCCUCCUGGAUGGCUUCGAAAAGCAAGAGUUGGCGGUGAUCUAGUGAUUUACGAUUCUGUCACAGCACUUGCUGAAAACACAGAAGGGGAACUUUUUCUGACCCAAUUAUUCCAUAUUCCUCCAUUCCGUUGCAACUGUUUUAGCUAUAAUAAUCACAUCAUUAUUAACCCAUUCGAGGAAACUAAAGGUGAACCAGUUCGAAUACAGUGA